CAAGUUUUUGAUAUGUCUUCUGCUUCUUCAUUUGAUUCUGUGUUGUCUCUUUGUCCUCCAAACCAUAAUUGGAGAAUCAAAGUUAGGGUGGUUCGUAUGUGGAUUGCUGAUUCUUAUGUUGGAGACAAACAACCUGUGGCAAGGGAGCUCAUAUUGGUGGAUGAAUGUGGUGGAAAGAUUCAAGCUACCAUAAGGAAGUUGUUGUUUAGGAAGUGGGCUGAGUUAGUAGUUGAAGGAAAUGUGUAUGUGAUCACUUUCUUUCAUAUGAUUCCAAAUGUUGGUUCUUAUCGCCCCACUGAACAUGGUUUUAGGAUUUUAUUUAAUUGCAAGACCAAUAUGACUCCUUGUGAAAGUAGUAUCAUACCAAGGUGGGGUUUCUCAUUUAAGGAUAGUGAGAAAUUGAAUGGGAAUGGUGUGCAGCCAGAGUAUUUAGUAGAUGUUCUCGGAUUGGUCACUUCAGUCUCUGAUCUGAGGACCUAUGUAAAAGAAGGAAUUUCCACUAGGAUGAUGUUGCUAGAGAUCAGUGAUGAGAAGGGAAAAGUUGAUUGUGCUGUCUUUGGGGAAUAUGCUGAUUCUGUUUCUGAAUACUUUUCUGCCAAUAGAAAUGAAAAACCUAUUGUUGUUUUUCAGCUUGCUAAGUUGAAAACCUUUCGAGGCAAAAGUGUUGUGCAAAAUGUCAUGAAAGCUUCUAGGAUUAUCUUUAAUCCUGCUAUUGCUGAAGCCAUCUCAUUCAUGGAUAGGAUUGCUAUAAUUGAUUUCAAAAUCAAUGAACCUGUUGGGCUCAUCUACACUCCUAAGCCUGCUGUCCCUGUGUUUGAAGAUUUUGUCAGCAACAAUCCGAAGAAGACAAUUGCUGAGUUGAAUGAAAGUAUUGAGGAUGGAAUUUCCAUUGUGCUAGGAAAGGUUGUUAGUUUAUUGCAAGAUGACCAAUGGUGGUACUUUGCUUGCAAGUGCCACAAAGGGGUUGCUUAUGAUGAUGGCUUAUACUAUUGUGGUGCAUGUAUGAAACAUGUUAUUGAUGUUAUCCCAAGGUAUAAGAUCAAGAUUGAAGUUAGUGAUGGUACUGGUUCUGCAAGCUUUGUUUUGUUUGACUUUGAUGCUCAGCAUCUCUUAAUGAAGUCAUGCAAGGAGCUGUUGGCAUAUGUGAAGGAUCCAAAGUCUGCGGAGUUUCCUUCAAUGAUAGAAGAUAUAUUGGUUGGUAGAGAAAUGCUGUUUAAAGUUGAGAAGAAGUCAAACACUGUUUUUCAAUAUGAUGAUUCUUAUCGCAUUAAGAGGGUUUGUGAUGAAGCUGCUGUGAUGGAGGCCUACAAAUCAGAUGCUAAUGCUGUGGUGCCUAAUGUGGUUGAAUGUUUUAAUGCUGCCCCUGUGGUGAAUCUAUCUGAGGAAAAGGAUUUGUCCCAGUGUCCUGUUCAGUCAUCUGAAAUUUCGACACCGGAGGUUUUGACUCCUUCACUUGCUGCAGGUCCAUCUUAUGUUGGAUGCUCUGGGAAUUUGUUCAAGAGGAAGGUUGGGGAUGAUGUGGCCAAAGUUUGUGAACUUUCCAAACUUAAGUUGAAGCAAGUUAAAAUGGAGAAAGAGUAGUGAAUUGUGAUCAAGAUACACCACUGGCAUAUUGUGUUAGACUUUAAGUAAUCAUGUAUUUAUGGAGUCUUUUAAGAAUUGAAUAAGUGGUGGUAUUUGAGUUGUUGGUCUGUUGUUGUAAAUGUUGAAACACCUUAGGUGUUUUGAUGUAGUUUGUUGUCGUUGGAUUGAUGUGUUUUCUACAGUUUGAACUAUGUGAUUAUUAUUAUGUUGAUUGUAAACAAUGUUAUGUUAUCUUCAAUAUUAAGUGGUGUAUUAUUUGUGGAGAAA